ACUCCAUCGUUUUCUUCGCCCACCCCUACCUGCCAAGAAAUUGUAUAAUUUGUUGUGUUUCUGAUUAAAUGAAUUAAACUUAAAGCUAAGGCGCCCAAAAAACACACCUCAUGAUGGCGCUACGGAACCUGAAGACUCUUGGCCAGCUGUUGCUGAAGCAACAGGCCACCCAGCAGCAGCAACAACUCAUCCAUACGACACCGGCAUGCUGCGAGAUCCGGAAACUGGCCCGCCUCCGUGUGGUGGACAACAGUGACCUGGGCAAGCGGGCGAUGGCCGAGGGACGACCGCCUCGCUGCAUUCAUGUGUACAAUAAGCGCGGCGUGGGCUAUAUCGGCGACAAGGUGCUGGUGGCCAUCAAGGGCCAGAUGAAGAAGGGCAUCCUCGUGGGCCUGAAGCAGAAACAGAAACCGAAACAGCCCAAGUUCGAUAGCAACAAUCUGGUGCUAAUAGACGACAAUGGCUCGCCCCUGGGCACACGCAUCCAUGUGCCCAUACCGACGAUUCUGCGCUCCAUUCUCAAGGAGAAGACCCAGGCCAAGGGUGCCGACUACACCAAGGUCCUGGCCAUUGCCAGUCGAUAUGUUUAGAACCAUGGUUCUGCCUUCCUGUUAUGUUUAUUUUUUAAUAAAUAAGAGGCCCGUGUCUUGUAAAGAAACGAUCGUGAGCUUCUGUAGUAUAA